CGCGGGCGCGCGGGCGGCGCGGGGGCGCUGGGGCCGGAGGGGCGGGACGCGCGCGCUCCCUCGCUGGCUGGGCGGCUGGCCCGGCCCGGGGCGGUGUGGGAUGGCGCCUCCUCCGCCUUCGCCCCAGCUGCUUUUUCUGGCCGCCCUAGCAAGGCUCCUGGGUCCCAGCGAGGUGGUGGCUAGACCGGCGGAGGAGGCGGGAGCGCAUUGUUCCGAGGGCCUGUGGCCUCUUCCCCCGCAGGUGUCGCCAAGAGUGACCUCCACACGAGUGAGCCCAGGGAAGGCUGAGGAUGUCACCUUCCUCUACCACCCCUGUGCCCACCCCUGGCUGAAGCUCCAGCUUGCCCUCCUGGCCUACGCUUGUGUGGCUAACCCCUCCCUCGCCCCUGACUCCAGCCUCACGCAGGAUCGGCCUCUGGUGCUGACUGCGUGGGGGCUGGAGCUGGAGAUGGCCUGGGUAGAGCCAGCCUGGGCUGCCCACUGGCUGAUGAGGAGGUGGAGGAGGAAGCAGAGGAAGAAGACGGCAUGGAUCUACCAUGACAGCCUUUUGGGGCCCCCUCCCUGUAUGCCAACCCCGGGUAGAGGGAGGCUGUGCCGGAGAGGGUGUGUGCAGGCCCUGGCUCUGGCCUUCGCUCUGCGGAGCUGGCGGCCCCCUGGCACAGAGGUGACAUCUCAAGGGCCCAGGCAGCCCUCUCCCAGUGGUGCCAAGAGGCGGAGGCUGCGGGCUGCCCUUGUUCCCCAGCCGACUCGCUCAGCCCUGAGGUUUCCCUCUGCUUCCCCAGGGAGCUUGAAGGCCAAGCAGCCCAUGCUGGGAAUCCGUGGUAGGGAGAGUAAUGCCCCAUCUGCACCCACUGCCUCCCUGCUGGCCGGGGCACCUGGAGGCAAUGCCAGCUCCAGGACAGAGGUUCAUGUGCCCAGCGGGCAAGACAGCCCAGGGGGCUGUGUCUGUUCAAGUCAGGCUUCCCCGGCCCCCCGCGCGGCAGCGCCUCCACAGGCAGCUCGGGUCCCCACCCCACGCACGGAAGAGGCCGCCUGGGCCGCCAUGGCCCUGACCUUCCUGCUGGUGCUGCUCACCCUGGCCACGCUCUGCACACGGCUGCACCGAAACUUCCGACGCGGGGAGAGCAUCUACUGGGGGCCCACAGCGGACAGCCAGGACACAGUGGCUGCUGUGCUGAAGCGGAGGCUGCUGCUGCCCUCGCGACGGGUCAAGCGCUCCCGCCGGAGACCCCUCCUUCCGCCCACGCCGGACAGCGGCCCGGAAGGUGAGAGCUCGGAGUGACGGCCUGGGUCCUGCCACUGUAGCGUGCGGCUCCUCCCCGCGCCGCGAGGCCGCGACCUCUGCCACGUGGACCGGGCGCGGGGCGCCCCCUGGUGGCGACGGUGCGGCCCCGGCCGAGCACCGCGGAGGCUUGCCUCCUCCGCGUUCCUCGGCGUUGGUGGCUGAGUGAGCGGCGGCAGAGAAAAGGAGCCGCUUCUGCCUCCCUUGCCAAAACUCCGUUUCUAAAUAAAUUAUUUUCAGUAGA